CAUCGGAGUUCAAGGGGAUACAAAGAAUAAAUCAGAGACCCCUUAGGAGCUCUGCAAAGAAAUAUAAACCAAAAAAAUAAUUAGAAAAUCAGUGGAAAAAAGUCAAAAAAUUUAAAACACUGAUAAGCUUAAAAAAUUGGAUUAGCAAAAAUGGGUUCGGAUGGUUCCGGUGGAACGAAAAAGAAGGUCGCCGUUGCCGGCCUUGCUUCAGUUCUCCUAGUGGCUAUGGUUGUUGCCGUCGCUGUUGGUGUCAAUAAGGGCGGCGAUAGCGGCAGCUCGUCUGGCGACUCCAGUAGCGGUGGUGGUGAAAUCAGCUCCUCGACCAAGGCGGUUAAGGCCAUUUGUGCCCCCACCGAUUACAAGGAAGCUUGUGAGGAAAGCCUUGCCAGUGCCAACAGCAGCGACCCUAGAGAACUCAUUAGGACUGCGUUUGAAUUUACAGUGAGAAAUAUUGGCGAAGCCAUUAAAAACUCGUCUCUUAUUAAGGAAGCUCAAAAGGAUCCGAUGACGUCUCAGGCCCUGGAAACAUGCAAAGAUCUUCUUGAAACCUCCAUUGAUGAUCUCAGGAGGUCUUUCGCAAAAGUUGGGGACUUCGAUCCUAGUAAGAUGGACGACUAUGUCGCCGACGUCAAAACAUGGUUAAGCGCCUCAAUAACUUAUCAGGAAACCUGCAUUGACGGGUUCGAGAACACCACCACCGACACCGGGGAGAAGAUGAAGAAACUCCUGGCAAGCGCUAACAAGCUCACUAGUAAUGGCCUCGCCAUGGUUACAGACUUCGCCCAGAUUCUUUCUGGCCUGCAACUCGGAAGCUUUAGCCGAAGGCUCCUGUCUGAAGACGGCAUUGAAUCAUUCGUCGAUACUGCAUCCCGUAGGCUUCUUGCAACCAAUGUGGCUUCGCUCAAACCUAACGCAGUUGUAGCACAAGACGGCAGUGGAAAAUUUAAAACUAUUACGGACGCAAUUAGGAGCAUUCCCCCGAAAAACAAUCAGACAUUUGUCAUUUUUGUCAAGGCUGGUAUUUAUAAAGAGUAUGUCCAGAUCCCAAAGAAAAUGAACAACAUUGUUUUGGUCGGAGAAGGACCGACUAAAACAAGAAUCACGGGCAACAAGAACUAUGUUGAUGGUGUUUUGACCUUCCACACCGCAACGGUUGCCGUAAAUGCCGAUGGUUUCAUAGCCAAGGACAUUGGAUUCGAGAACGCGGCUGGGCCAGACAAGCACCAGGCGGUAGCGCUCCGAGUUUCCGGCGAUAACGCGAUCUUCUACAAUUGCCACAUCGACGCAUACCAAGACACACUCUACGCACACGCCUACCGCCAAUUCUAUCGUGACUGCGUGAUCUCCGGCACCAUCGAUUUUAUCUUCGGAGAUGCCUCCGCUGUGUUCCAGAACUGUAAAAUGGUGGUCCGUAAACCAAUGGACAACCAAGGCUGCAUGGUCACCGCUCAGGGCCGAAAAGACCGCCGUGGUAUCGGAGCAAUCGUCCUCCAAAACUGUAAGAUCACGGCGGAGCCUGAUUUCCUCGCCGUCAAACCCGCACUUCCGGCAUACCUCGGCCGCCCAUGGAAGGAAUACUCCCGAACCAUAAUCAUGCAAUCUGAUAUCGACGGAUUCAUCGCUCCGGAAGGAUGGUCGCCGUGGGCCGGCACCUGGGGGCUUGACACAUGCUACUACGGCGAGUACCAAAAUCGGGGACCUGGAUCAAACACCGCUAAUAGGGUUACAUGGAAGGGAAUUCAGAAAAUUACUCCACAAAUUGCUGAGAGUUUCACUCCUGGACAAUACCUCCAGGGUGAUUCAUGGAUCAAACCAGUCGGAUUUCCCUAUGAUACCGGCAUGAUCAAAGUGUAAAUAAAUUAUUAUUCGUUUAAUUUUUUCUUCGUAAUUGAAUUUUUAUUUUUUGGUCACGCAA